AGAUUUUUCACAAUAAUAUAUUCAUAUACGUUUAAACUAACUUUUUAGAAAUUUGUAAGCAAAUUAAAAUUGAUUUUCGUAUUAUAAUACACGAAUAAAAUGUUAAAACAGUUGAAAUUUGUCAAUUUAUUAACUAUCAUAUUUUGGUAUUUUAAUACUCAAAUGUGCGACACAACGGGAUUACGAAAUCGAGAAUUACAAGAGGCUGCGAAUGCAAUUUUGCAAACGAAUAAAGUUUUGUAUUCGUUUCCUGAGGAAAACCGACAUAUAUUGCUAGAAUGUUUAUUAGUUCAGUUGUGUUAUCAUAAUUAUGAUUAUCAUGUCUUAGAAGUAAUGCUGUGUCCACCGAAUAUAGAUAGCAUAUAUACUAAUCCAGAUGAGUAUGAUCCACUUGGAUACGAAAAUAGUUACGGAAAUAAUUACGAUGUAAUUUGUCCAAAAACAACAACUCACUACCUAAAAGAAAAUAUAAGUCGCGUAUUUAAGGAAAAGGUGAUACUUUGGCGAUUCCUUGGCAGAUAUAUCAAUGAAAAUUUGAUAAACAGUUGUAUACAAACUAUAAACAAUGAAGAGGUUCUGAACUAUCAACUAAUGGUUAACUAUAGAAAGAAUUUUAUAAUGCAUGCAGCAAUACGAUUGUUAUUUAACGAAUAUGCUAAAGAAGAACUGUGUGUGAAAAAUAAUAAAAAAUGCAUACUGGCAGGAAUUUUGAACUUAUUGUUCGUGGAAGGUAUAUAUAAACAAAAAUGAGGAUGUGAAAACAAUCACUGUAUUUUUAAAGCAAUAAAUAUGAAAGGAGAGGAAGUAGGAGUAUACAAGUUUUUUGACCAUAAAUAUUUGAAAACUUCAGAGUAUCAAACCGUUUAUCAAGUAGAUAAUGGAACGGCUAAAGCAUUUAAAAUGUUUAUAAUGAAUAAAAUGUAAUUGUAACAAUUUACAUAUAAUUAUAUAUUUUACAAUGUAUAAUUAAAUAUAUAGAUGGAACAGAUCUAACUGUUAAAUCAUAUAAUUUAUGAUUAUUAGUUUUUAAUUAAAUAAAUUCAUGUUUCAUAUUUUUAAAUGUCA